AUGUCCCACUGGAGAGAGGAGUAUUUAGCAGCGCUGGCGGUUCGGGAUCGCAAAGAAAAGGCCAGCGUUGAGCUUUAUGAUGCAUAUACCCGCCUCGCAGAUCGCACUGCUACACUUGCGGCGAAUCCAAUAGAAGAACACAGCAGGGAGCCUAGGCGUAGUUCCUCAUCAACUUCAACAAUCAAGAACCAACCACACUACGAGACCGGUCUAUCGCCGGCCGAGCUCCUGGAUACUGCUCGCACAGAGCUAUCUGAAGCACAGCGUUCUCGUUCUGAUCUACAAGGCUGCUUGGACCGGGUAACAGCAGAGGUUGAAAAGCUACGCAAGCAGAACAUUCAACAUACACGGAAAAUUAACUCCUCGGAAAGCCAAAGGGCUCAGUUGCAGCUUCGUCUCAAGGAUAGAGAUGAAGAGCUGAGAGGAAAGGCAAAGCUAUUAGAGGAUUUCCAAGACGAGAUGGCAACUUUGAAUCUUCAACUCAACAUGGCUGAAGAAAAGUCAAACAAGUUCCAGCGAGAGAACCAGGACCUUGUUGAUCGAUGGAUGGCGAGAAUGGGACUAGAAGCUGACGCCAUGAACGACGCAUCGAAAUUUUAA